AUUUUGUUAAUCAGAAAAAUCAAAUACAUCAUAGAGGCAUAUUCGAAAAUCGUGAUAAACGUGUACACAAUUGCUCGAUAUUAAACUUGUCCUGUUUGUUACCAUGGUGACAGCCAAUGGGAGAAGUUGUACACGUCGGCAAGGUGAUCUGUGAUUACAACUCGGUGAAGGAAGACGAGGUUACAGUCCUUCGUGGUGAAAUCAUCCAAGUGAUGACGUCCAAUCAACAGGGCAUGUUCUUCGUCCACCGUCCGGCUAAUAAAAACUCUCCUGCAGCUGAGGGUUGGAUUCCUGGCUAUGCUAUCGGCCCGAGGGAUGGAGAUGGAAGUUUGAGGAAAAGUUCUUGGCAGCUGUUCAAGUUGAGGAUGCAGGGUUUGCGACCAGAGCGUCGUCCAAUGGACGGUACAGCCAGUCUCGAUAGGAAGUCACGGACACUUCCUCUCACAAGGGAAAGGUCAAAGAUCUCUCCCUCAGACCUGCUUUAUGAGAUGUCCCCCACAGUUUAUCAGCCGAUGGUUAAUGUGACGGUCCAGGCAGGGGAUACUGCCAUAUUGACCUGCCGAGUGUGUGGACGCCCCAGACCGAAUAUCAGCUGGUGUUUCCAGGAAACCAUACAGAUGCUGCCAAGUCAUAAUGUCAGCAUGACGUACACGGACGAGGGCAUUGCAGUACUGCAGAUAAACAAUGUGUCGCUGACGGACAGUGGGGAGUACGCCUGUAAGGCUACCAGUGAGGUGGGGUCAGUGGGCACUUCUUCUAUACUGACAGUCAUAGAUCGACCAGGAGCUCCCACUAAACCGAUGAUCAGGAAUAAAGUGGGAACUUCAGUACAUCUGGAGUGGUCUCCUCCUACAAUUGCUAGCCAUGGCAGCCAGAUCCAGGGUUACACACUGGAGUUCAGGGAAGUAGGUAAUGAGACGUGGCAGGCAGCCAUUCCAUAUGUUCCGAACACGUCCCAGGUGAUAGGAGAUCUGACCCCUGGGUGUUCAUACCAGUUCCGGGUCAGCGCCAACAACAGUGUCGGCAUGAGUGACCCCAGUAUGUCAUCCGACCCUAUCCUUAUUCCAACAGAGUAUGAGCUGAGUGAACGAGAGGAUGGUAGCAUGGCUGUCUGGAAGACCACGUUUGAUAAUGAUUUCUCCCAGGUGGAGGAAAUAGCCAGGGGGCGCUUUGCAGUAAUCCGUAAAUGUGUACAGCAGUGCUCCAAUCAAGAGCUGUCGGCCAAGUUCAUGAAUCGGCGAAUAGCAACUCGUGAAGCCGUAGAAACAGAGUUCAACACGUUACAGUCCCUUCAACAUGAAAACUUAGUCCAGGUGUUUGAUCUCUACGAAACCACUACAAACUUCAUCAUCAUACUAGAAUAGUAAGUGUUGUCUAGGAAACCACUACACACUUCAUCAUCAUACUAGAAUAGUAAGUGUUGUCUAGGAAACCACUACAAACUUCAUCAUCAUACUAGAAUAGUAAGUGUUGUCUAGGAAACCACUACAAACUUCAUCAUCAUACUAGAAUAGUAAGUGUUGUCUAGGAAACCACUACAAACUUCAUCAUCAUACUAGAAUAGUAAGUGUUGUCUAGGAAACCACUACAAACUUCAUCAU